CCCACCCCCUCUCUGGGUCUCUGUCCCCUUCUCUCUCUGAGUCUCUGUUCCCGUCUCUCUAGACCUCCCCUCAGUCUUAUUUGGCCCCUCUUCUUUUCUGGCAGCUGCUGCUUACAUCCUAGCACCUGUUCUUGGGGUGGGACUGGGAAAGUUUCACCCACACCUUCCUUCCCCACCACUAGCUUUUGCCUCCUGUCUUCUUUAAAACCCAUAAUUCAUACCCAAACCUUUAGCCCUCAUGGCCCUCGGCAUUACUCUGGGGUAAUCACUCUGGGGUAAUCAUUGUGACUUCAUCAUAAUUGAGUUCCUCUGGAAACUCUGAGAACACUCCUAUCCUCAGCUUUCCCAGAAACCCAGCUCCUUCUCCUCCCUCAGACUCAGGAGCCCAGGCCCCAGCACCCCCUCCCUCAGACCCAGGAGUCCAGGCCCCAGCUCCUCCUCCCUCAGGCCCAGGAGACCAGGUCCCCAGCCCUCUCCUCCCGCAGACCCAGGAGACCAGGCCCCUGGCCCCUCCUCCCUCAGACCCAGUGGUCCAGAGUCCCAGCCCUCUCAGCUUCAGGUCCCUUGAGGGUGGGGUUUGGGGGAAGCUUGCUGAGUUCUGUGUUCCUCCAGGCCCAGAUGGGGGAACCCCGGGCUGGGGCUGCCCUGGACGAUGGCAGCGGCUGGACGGGCAGUGAGGAAGGCAGUGAGGAGGGUACCGGCGGCAGUGAGGGGGCUGGGGGUGACGGGGGCCCGGAUGCAGAGGGGGUGUGGAGCCCAGACAUUGAGCAGAGCUUCCAGGAGGCCCUGGCCAUCUAUCCACCCUGCGGCCGCCGGAAAAUUAUUUUGUCCGAUGAAGGCAAGAUGUAUGGUCGGAAUGAACUGAUCGCCCGCUACAUCAAGCUGAGAACAGGGAAGACCCGAACUCGAAAACAGGUUUCUAGUCACAUCCAGGUUUUGGCCCGAAGGAAAUCGAGGGAAAUCCAGUCCAAGUUGAAGGCCCUGAAUGUGGACCAGGUUUCCAAAGACAAGGCUUUCCAGACAAUGGCGACCAUGUCCUCUGCCCAGCUCAUCUCCGCUCCUUCCCUGCAGGCCAAACUGGGUCCCACCGGUCCUCAGGUGGUCCAGGCCUCUGAGCUUUUCCAGUUUUGGUCUGGGGGAUCUGGGCCCCCCUGGAAUGUUCCAGAUGUGAAGCCAUUCUCACAGACACCGUUCUCCUUGUCACUGACUCCCCCAUCUACUGACCUCCCAGGGUACGAGCCCCCCCAAGCCCUCUCACCCCUGCCCCCACCUGCCCCAUCGCCCCCAGCCUGGCAGGCUCGGGCCCUGGGCACUGCCCGGUUGCAGCUGGUAGAGUUCUCAGCAUUUGUGGAACCGCCGGAUGCAGUUGAUUCUUACCAGAGACACCUGUUUGUGCACAUCAGCCAGCACUGCCCCAGCCCCGGAGCGCCGCCGCUCGAGAGCGUGGACGUCCGGCAGAUCUACGACAAAUUCCCCGAGAAAAAGGGUGGCCUCCGAGAGCUGUAUGAUCGUGGCCCCCCCCACGCCUUCUUCCUGGUCAAGUUCUGGGCGGACCUGAACUGGGGCCCAAGUGGCGAGGAGGCGGGGGCCGGUGGCAGCAUCAGCAGUGGUGGCUUCUAUGGAGUGAGCAGCCAGUAUGAGAGCCUGGAACACAUGACCCUCACCUGUUCCUCCAAGACGGAACGGGCCCAGCUGGAGGAUGGCAGAUUUGUGUACCGCCUGCUACGCUCGCCCAUGUGCGAGUACCUGGUGAAUUUCUUGCACAAGUUGCGGCAGCUGCCUGAGCGAUACAUGAUGAACAGCGUCCUGGAAAACUUCACCAUCCUCCAGGUGGUGACAAACAGAGACACCCAGGAACUGCUGCUCUGCACCGCCUAUGUCUUCGAGGUCUCCACCAGCGAGCGUGGGGCCCAGCAUCACAUUUACCGCCUGGUCAGGGACUGAAGGGGGACCCCAAAACUGGCUCACCCCCAGAACACCCUCCUCCCAGGGAGGGUCCUCCAGCUCACCUCAUGCUUCUUAUUUGGGGAGAGGGCUGUGAUGUAAAGGGGUUGACCUCAGAGACCUAAGCAACUGGGGCCAUCCCCCCCAUUAGAAGGGCCCCAAAACUUGGUUGGAGUGCUGAACAGGCUGGGACUGAGGAAAGGAUAAACCCCAAUAUUGGGACCUCACAGUGGGUGUCUGAAAGGACAGAUCACUCGGGAGUAUCAGGGAUUGUGGGGACAGGAGUGAGACAACCUCCAGGUACAGCACUGACUUCUCAGCCCCUGGCAGGGCCCCCCCACUCCUCUGCAUGUCUUGGAGGGCCGUAGUUACACAUUGGCUUGUCCCCUUUACUUUUUCCCAGCCACCCCUCCCCCUGAAAUUUCUGCCUCUCUCUACCACCCUCACUCCAUGACCUGUGAGAUCACAAAGUGAAGAUUAACCCUUUCUGUGCAGGAGCAGAGCCAGGUGGGCCCUGGAAAUAUUUUUUUUUUAAUAUAACGAGAUAUUUAUAAGUGGGUGCUAGGGUCUUGACUUUAUCUCAGCUGCACAAGUAGUGGGUUGAAGCUUUCUAAUCUCAUCUCCCCCACAAGUGAGCUGUGAGCUAGACUGUUUCUUCCUUCCCCUCUCAAAGUUUGUUGGUUUGUGUUCUGACAGAGGAUAAAGCUAUUUUACCAAAAA